CUGAAACUCUUGAGUGUGAGACACAGUUUUACUUCCAGCCUGGCAAGAAGCUGGAAUCUUUCUCUGCAAGAUCAACUUGCCAAAGGAACUGACAAGAUUACAGUGUACAUGAGAUGGCAGUCUUUGUGUUGUUGCUUGGCCUCGGGUCUGUUCUUGUAGUGCCUUCAGAAGGCACUACAAAGAGAAUCACAGAAAAACUUUCACAGGAAGAGAUGCAGCCUGCUGCAAAACAGAUUGUUGAGCAAUCAAUGAACUCAGUUCUGUCAGAUAAAAAUAUCAGCCUCAGUGCAUUCAAGAAUGUGGUGUCUGCCUCGCCCCCAACAUCCAGAAGGUCAUGUUUUGUCAUCUCCAAGGGAAACCCUUUGAGUAAUGACCAAAACUGUCUAAACGGCCCGGGAGUCUGGAGAAAAGUUUUAGGCAUGAAUGAGUCAUGCCAGUUGGGCAAUAACUUUAUACAGGGGUCCACCAACGUGAUCCAUGGAGUUCCCGAGGCCACCGGCUGGGGAUGCGGACAGACACCUGGCCUAAGCUGCUGUGAGAGACUAGGACUGGAGCAUACCAUGUGCAAGGUCACUGCAGGCCAGCAGUGCCCCAGGUGCCAGGAGCACAGUGUCACCUCGCUGAAGAGGGCCUUGACAGUGCUGACAAGCCAUUCUCUGAUGAGCUGGUUAGUUAGUGGCUCUAGACUGUAAACAACAGGACUGAGGAUAAAGACGGACAAGGUCAUGAUCGUUGUUGCUUCUAUCCUUGUGCUACACAUGUCCAUCCCCUAGUACAUGGUAAACACUGUUGGUUCUGAACUGGAUAAAUUGGGAAAAAAAUAGCCCGACACAGCAUAAGUCAAUUAAAAACUGUAACUGAUCCUAGAAUACAGAUUCAUGUUCUUGCUCUCACUCUCCCUCCCAGAAACUGAAUUCCUUCCCAGUUUAGCUAUAAAGCUGCCUCAAAGCUGAGUCUACCCGAGUGGACAAAGGAAAGGAGAGCA